GCAAAUCGAAUUUUAACGAAAGAUGGCGAGAAGUUAGCAGACUAGAUGUAAACAACCUACCAGAAUCCAUGUUUGUUUACGACGGUGGUGUAAGUUUGAUAUACGACUUAAUGUUAACUACAUAAAUAGUCACUAAAAUCCUAUAUUUAUUAUAUUGGAUUAAAUUGGAUUAAAAUUAAACGAAAGAUGAUAUUGCAGAAAGAAGUUUUGUCCUUAUUACUUUUUUUAACGACUAUCGCAAGUGCCUUAUCUUCAACAACGCCAAUAGUUAGAAAUGAUAACCUCAUAGAUCAAUGUGUAAGGGCAGUUAAGGAUUAUGAUUUUGAUAUUGCAGAAGGAUAUCUAGAAAUAUUAGAUGACACCAAAAUCGAUCUAAUGGUGCAAAAUGUUUAUGAUAGUAAAACCGAUUCAUUUAACAGGAUAAUUUGCUUUGCGGAUUAUGCCAGAAAUGCGUCAAAAAGUUUUAAAAUAUUCAAUGCUUUAAAUGCUCAAGUGAAACCUGGCCACAAAUAUGGAUAUAAAUUAAGAAGAUUGAUACGUAGUUUAUCCAAAAUUAUGUAUCAACCUAAUGUAUUGUAUAAUACAAAGCAAGACGCAGAAAUGCUGGCGCAUAGUUGUACGCAAUCAAUGAUAGAAGAAACAAAGAAAAUUAUGGAGACAUUUUUGUUAUCCAGUAGAUGUUGCAUAGACAGUAAAGUUACUGACUUAGUUGACAGGGUAUUCAUAUUUGACAGAGACAUUUUUAAGGAUAUUCUUGAUCAAGUAAUAACAAAAGUUUAUGGUAAGAUACCCACUACAAAACUAUUUAUGUAUACGGGUAACUUUACGUACUUAGAACAGACAAUUUUAUGGUCCAUACUUCUUUUUAACAAUAUGCCACUAGUCGACAAGUUGAGUCCUGCCAUAACAGACUUUAUAAUUUUGAUUAGAGAAUUAAUGGCACAACCUGAAUAUUUAAAAGUGGACAAAAAAGUUAGAUCAGAAAUGGAAAAAAUUUGGGUGCAACUACCAAAAGGACUGAAAACUGCUUUAACCCAAUCAUCAGUGUGCUUACGAAAUGUUAUGUUUGAUGAACCUCUUUAUCCAUUUAUUGAGGCUGACGUGCCUGAUUAUAAGAAUAUCAGUAAAUUUCGUAAAGUUUUUACUUGGAGACCAUGGAGGAAUGAAAACAAAGCACAUUCUCCGGUAUAUUCUUGGAAAAUUAGCCGCACUCCAAGUGAAAAUCCUAGUGUUUUCAUAAAAAACAUCGAAUUCAACGAAUUUUUGUUUUCUGCUGAUGGUAAAUAUAAUUAUGAUAGAGAAAGAGGAAGUAUUUUUACAAGACCUCUUACUGAUGAAAAAAGUGAAUGGUUUCUUGAACCCACUACAGAUGAAAAUCACGUGUAUAUCAAAAAUCAUAAGCAUCGUUAUCUCUAUCCAGCAGUUGACGAUUUUGCCGCAGAUGGUGAUAGACGGAGGGUAUUCAUCUGGAUAGAAGGAGAAUCAUCUUUUAGAGAAGGCAUUUGGGAAAUUUUCUCUUGUUCACAUUAAUUUAACUUAUAUUUGUACUGACUGAGCAUUUUUAAAAAUAAAAUAUUUUAACAU